AUGCUGAUGAUGAUGAUCGAGAAGUACGGCAGUUGUUGGUACGCAGCGGGUUAUGGAAACGCAAAGAUUCUCCUAGCAGCCAAUGUAAAAAUUUUCAAAUCUCAAGGCAAGGCGUUGGCCGAGUAUGCCAAGCCGACUACCAAGGUUCUCGUUGUGGGAAACCCGGCUAACACGAAUGCCUACAUCUGUGCGAAAUAUGCGGCUCCAAGGAUUCCUGCUCGCAACUUUUCCGCAAUGACUCGACUCCUCGACCACAAUCGCGCCACUGCUCAGGUUAGACAACAGAAGGAAUACUUUUUACAAUCUCGCUACAGAAACAUUCAAUCUUGUCGCUUGAAACGGCGUAGCUGGCGGUGUGUCAAGGACUCUGUCUGCAACGGCCCCAGCAGAUUUCACAAUCCUAUGUCUUAA